GCCUUUCCCGUACUUUACCUUCAUAAUCCUUCCUCGCCUCUUUCCCAAGCUCUAUUCUCCUCCCAUCCUUCCCUCCUUCCCUCCUUCCCUCCUCCCCUUUCGCAUUCACGCCCGUACCUUUUUAACAGCACCAACCUAGCCAUUGCACCUCUUGCUAUGAAUUUUCACGGCCUGGAAUUUGACGGGGUCCCCAUUGGCCAAGAUGUCGACGGGUCGGACGGCGAGUCCAUAAGCUCCCUUAUUGACGAAGACGUGGACUUUGACCACGUAUACGCGCUGUUCGAGUUCCCUGCCAUGGUCGAGGGCCAAGUAACAGUGCAUGACGGCGAGAAGCUGACACUGGUCGACGACUCCAACUCAUACUGGUGGCUGGUCUCGGUCGAGCGCAAUGGACAAGUGGGCUACAUCCCAGCCGAUAAUGUCGAGACGGCUCGCGAGAAGCUGGCGCGUGUCAACCGGCACAAGAACCUCAAGCUGUGCAUGGCAGACCCCGAGCAUAUUGUCAAAAGCAAAAUGAAGACGAUACCGCCGCUGAAUGCGCGCAAGGUGCAGUUCAACAACAAGCUUGUUACGCAGGUGUUUGUGGCGGACCCGCAGUCAGGCGACGAGUACGACGAGGAUGACUACAGCUAUGACGAGGAGAGCGACGAGGAGGUGGGCGAGCAGCGCGUCGACAUCAACGGGUCACGCAUAACGAUGAGAUACAGCAUGAUUGACCCUAGCAAGGGCGACUGACGUGCUGAGCGACGGCGGCAGCGAGUACGACUACUACUACUCGAGCGACUCGGGUAAUCCCGACCGCCACGUGCCCGACGGCCUGGACCCUGACCUUGACCU